CCUGUUGGUUGCUGCUUUUUAGCAUUUCUUGCUAUAUAGAACAUUCCGCCCAUCAGUAGCGGCCUAGUUGUUGUUUGCUUGCAUUUGUAGGAGCAUAUGUUUGAUAAUACCCUUUCAACCUUUUAUACUUUGUUCCAAGUUGCAGUAAUUCAAUAUAAAUAAGCUCUCAGUGGUGUUAAUAAGCUGUACCAUACAUUCUCUUUUUCAAGACCAAAAAAAGAAAGAAAAUAAACAUCACUUCCCUGUAACUUGUUAGUACACCAUAGUUCCAAAUAUGGUUGACAUAUGGUUGGUUCCAUCUUAUCUUCUUUUACUUCUUUUUUCUUUCUCCAUGGGGACUAUGAAACUGACCCAAGCAAGUACCGUUUCAAGCAUUUUCAUAUUCGGUGACUCAACAGCUGAUGUUGGGACUAACAAUAACUUGGAAGUAGCUUUCGUGGCCAGGGCAAACUACCCACACAAUGGGAUUGAUUUUUCCUCCUACGGAUUACCCACCGGAAGGUUUAGCAAUGGCCGUAACACUGCUGAUUAUCUAGCGAAACUAAUUGGUCUUAGAAGGAGCCCGGCCCCUUUUCAUGCUCUCUUGGGCAGCGAAGGGUCUCUCAAUAGACAUGUCAUUCGUGGUGCAAAUUUCGCCUCAGGAGGGUCUGGAAUUCUCUCGUUAACCGGGAGCCAAUUUGGGAAGGUUGUGCCCUUUGAUGUACAGAUUAUACAGUUUGCUACAGUUCGAGGAAAUUUUACAGAAUACUCAGGAUCUUCACGAAAAACUGAUACUUAUCUCUCGAAGUCGCUCUUCUUCAUCAGUGUAGGCAGCAAUGACAUUUUUGAAUACAUCCAUUCGAAUAAGAAUCCUAACAAGGAAAAGUUCUUGACUGGACUUAUAUCGACUUACCAGAGUCAACUAAGAGAUCUAUACAAACUCGGAGCGAGGAAAUUCGGGAUAGUAAGCACACCACUGAUAGGAUGUUGUCCAUCACAAAGGUCCUUGAAUGCAACGGGAGGAUGUCUUGAAAUAUUGAACGAGUACUCUUUAGCGUUCUAUUCUAUGAUGGGAAAGAUGUUGGUAGAUCUAAGCUGUGAACUCAAAGAGAUGAAAUACUCAUUUGCCAAUGCAUAUGAGAUGGUUGCCAACAUCAUGGAUAACCCUAUUCCUUAUGGGUUCAAGAAUAUCACAUCGGCAUGCUGCGGAGGAGGAAGAUUUAACGGAGAUAGCCCAUGUAUAGAAACUGCAGAAGUUUGUCAGAAUCGGAGUGAGUACUUAUUCUGGGACUGGUAUCACCCAACACAAGCAGCCUCCGACUUGGCAGCUGUAACCCUCUAUGACGAGCCACCAAGAUUUGUAACACCGAUCAAUGUCAGACAAUUGGCUAAGCAUUGAGUUGCUAAUAAGCCAGCACGAAGCCGUCAAUUUCCUUGCAUUCAUAAUUUCUUAUACUUUAU